AUGCACUCAACUAAAUUUUCAUCGUGUUCAAAUACGAAAUCAUCAUCGUCAACUCCGCCAACUGCAAAUAUUCAACAGUAUCAGCAUUGCCCGCCUAUAUCAACACUUCGUCGAGCUAGUCGACCAACUAACAUUAAUUUACCCAUAUUUGAUCAUAAUCAUGCGCAGCAAUCCAAUGAUUCCGGUAUAUAUUCAGCACCGAUAUAUUAUAUAAAACAAUCAAAUAAUCAACAACAACAACAGCAACAACAUAUUCAUCAAGCAUCUCAACCUUACACAGCUGCAUUGCCGUAUGCACCUCAGCAACAUAUUCAAGUAUCUCCUCCGCAUCAGAAUUCUUCUCAACAGCAAAAUAUACAUUUAUAUCAACAACAGCAGCAGCAACAUAUAGUUGAUCCAUACAACGAUCAUCAACAUACACCUCAUACAUUUCCAUUGCAAACGUCACCAAGUCAUUAUCAUCAAUAUUUUUAUUUUCCUCCAUCAGCAUUACAAAUCAAUGUGGCAAGUAAUGGUCAUCAAUCGACGAAUACAAGUCAACCAUCAACACCAACGCAUAAUAAUCAUUUACGUUCGACACAAAUUCAAAUUCAAAAACAACAACAACAACAGUGGUCAAAUCCAGUACUUAGUUCAUUAAUGGUUAAACGUAUGAAUGAAAAUCCUACGUCAAUGUCAAUGGAUGAUGAUGAAGAUCCGUCUGCUUCAAUUGAUGCUCUCGUUGCUGAUGUUGACUCGAAUUCUCAAGAUUCACUUGGUGAUGAACAAAGUAAACCUAUCAAUCAAUCGAAAACUUCAUCAACAAUGCCGCCAGGUACAAUAUCGCCACCAUCACAUUUAUAUAUUCGUAGUAAAUCCCAUAUACUAACAACACCACCGAAUCCACUCGCAUCGGACGAUCAUCCUGAUAAUCAAUUAAAAAUUAAAGUUGGAAAUAAUUAUAAACAAACUUAUAGUCCUAUACCGAGUGCCGGCUUCGAAUUAACAAGUAAUAUAAAUAACAAACUAUCGUCAUCGUCGAAUAAGACAGCACGUUUUACAUUCGACACAAAUCUUCUUGAACGAACAGAAAUAAAAAAUUCACAUAAUGGAAAUUUAGUUAAUGAUAACGAAGAAGAUAAUCAUGAUAUAAUGCUGAAGCCACUUAUUAUAAAUACUGAUGUUUGUACAACAAGAAUUUCAUCGAACAGUUUAAUUCAAGAUGAUAAUAGUAAUCAAAGUUCAACAAAUAGUAGUUCUCAGCAUACAUCGUCUAGAAUUUUCGGUCAGAUGUUGAAAUCUUCAGAACAGCAAAUGUUAUCUUCGCCAUCACCACUUUCGAACGAUAUUAAACUAUCAUCAUUAGAUCAUGAUAGUAUGCAAGCAAAUAUCAAUGCAAACUCAUCACAGCGACAUAGUUGUGUACAUCCAAACUGCAAUAAAACAUUUACAAACAAAAGUGCGUUGGCAAAGCAUAAACUAACGCAUAGUCAAGAUCGAAAACAUGUUUGUUCAAAAUGUAAUAAAGGUUUCAAACGGCUUGAUCAUCUGAAUGGUCACAUGUUAACACAUCAAGAAGAAAAACCGCAUAAAUGUGGUAUACCUAAUUGUAGUCGAACAUAUUGUGAUGCUCGUUCAUUGAAACGCCAUAUUGAAAAUACACAUCAAGAUAUUCUCGCUGCUAUACAUGAAAGUGGACAGGAGGAAUAUAAAAAGUUCCUGCCUGAUAAAGCGUUCGUCAAAACAAAAGAUUUAUCUUUACCAAGUGAAUUUUCAAUUGAUUCAGUUGAUAGUAGUUCACCACGAUCAUUGGUUGAUAGUGAACCAUCGUUUAAUAUUCGAACGUCAACUGGAACGAAAUCCAUGAUAACUUAUACAUUUGAUGAAGAGAAAAGUAUUGAAUGUCAAAUUUGCAAGAAAUCAUUUAAAAGUGGUGCUGCACUAAAUGGUCACAUGCGUUUACAUGGUGGAUUUAUUGAAAAACCAGCGCUGCUACCAUCGACUAGUACUAAAGAGAAAACAAAACGUACAACAACAGCAACAACAACAAAACGAAAGCGUACUGAUUCUCCAUCAGCGUCGAUAACCAUCAAAACCGAAGCACACGAUAGGUCGAUGAAUAUAUCAGCAAAUAAUUUUUAUCAACAACAAUCGUCAUUUCCAGUUCAGCCAUCAAGUUCAAAUACGAUUCAAAAUCGAUUUUAUGACCGAACAAUAUCAUCUCCUGGACGCCCGUCACCAUCAGCAUCAUCAUCCAUGAUUUCUACACCAACAACAACAAUACCUCAGUAUCAAAUACAAAAUCAUAUGAGAGUACAAUCAUCAGCAAAGCAAACUCGUAAACAAAAUCAGGGACCUACGCAUGUCGUUCAACCGUCUCAAAUAAAUCUUCAAAAUGUAAUUGCACCAUUUGAUACGAUGCCAAAUUCACAGUUAUUUACAAAUGUACGAUCACCAUCACAACAGUACGAAGAAAAACUACGAGAAGCAUUUUCAAACGAGCAUAAUGCUCAUUUUUCACAGUCAAAUGGAAUGUCUUCACAUAAUCCAUACCUUCGACCAUCACAGUAUCAAUCUCCGUCAACGAUAUCACCAUUUCAAAUGGCAGCAUCACCAUCGGUUUCAAUAAAUUCUAUAGCACCGGCUCUUUUGCAGCGUUUUCUUAUUCAAAAUGGUGAACGGCGCAAUGUAGACUUUUCCUCUCAACAUCAACCAUUUUCAUCACCGGAAGAACAAAUGCGUUAUACACCAUCACCCCGUUUUGUUCAUAUACCUGUACCGAGCUCUAUUGCUUCAUUAACUAUAAAUACGCCGGUAACAUCACCCUAUUCAAAUCAAACUACUAGUCACGGUUCACCAGCAUCCCCAGCGCAAAAGUGCAAUAAACAUAAUGAUGUGACUACAAUAUUGAAUAAUAGUAUUCAACCAUCGUCAGUUGUACAUUCAUCUUUAUCAUCAUUAAAUGUAGUACCACCAAAACCUGUUGAGAAUCCAAUAAAACAACAAACAACUGUAGAAGAUAAUGCAAGAUCAUCAACAGCAGUACUUGAAAUUGUUCCUGAUGUUGAUAGUCCAAAUAAGAAAAACAUGUCAGGCUUUCUUAUUAGUACACCAUCAUCAACUGGUACAGGUCUAUCGUCAUCAUCAUCAUCAUCAUCGACGUCGAGCAAUACACAUUUUCAUUAUGAUGAUAUUCCUCAACCAAAAGAACAAGAACCUACGCCUAGUUCAUUUCAUUGGCCAUCACAUUUGCGGCGACAAUUAAGUCUUAAUCUGGCAAAACAAACAUUAAAUCCUCUUCCAUCAACGCCAUAUACACCACCACCGAUGUUGAGUCCAUUUCGAAGAGGUCCUGGUCUUUAUUAUCGAGUUUUUUCUCAUCCAGGAACAUGUGCAGAAUCACCAUCGAUACCGACAACACCUCUUCCGCCGAGUACACCCCUUGGUGAAGAAUCAACCGUUCCAAAAAUUAACAUUGGCAGAGACUAUCAAGCAAAUAUUCCCAAACUUCGAACAAACUUAGACGAUGAUGAUACAGCAACGAGCGAAGAAUUAUUAUUUUCACCAGCACAAUUAUCGUGUCUUGAUGAGAAAUCUCUUGAAACAUUUGAAGAAUUAAAUCGAAGAAAUCCAUUUUUAUUUUCACCACGUGAUUCACCAAAAGCGUAUCCACUUGAAUUAAUCUACAUGUUAUUACAUGAAUAUAAUGGUGAUUUAUCACGUACAUUAGCAGCUUUACUUGAAGGUACAGCCAAAGAUAUAAAACAAUGUCGACAAUUGCAUUGCUAUCAUUUUCUUGACUGUGAUACAUGGACAAAAGAAGAAAUUGAUGCUUUUACUAAAGCUAUUCAAAACUCGGAAAAAAAUUUCGGACUUGUCAGUCGAGCAGUUGGAACCAAAAGUGUCAAACAAUGUAUUGAAUUUUAUUAUAUGCCAAAAGUUAGUGUAACUGCUCGUAAAAUUUUAUCAACAAGAACAACUGCUGUCAUAACCAGACGAAAACGAUUUCAAAUAAAUAAAGCAAAACAACAACUACUCGAUGAUGAAAUAUCGUCGUCAUCACCAUUUAGUGAAUUUCGAAUUGAUGAUGAUGGUUCAACAAUGAAUAGUGAUAGUUCCCCUGCAGCUCAAUUUUCCUGUGAUAUUGAUGAAUGUUCACAAAUAUUCACAUCUGAACGAGCCUGUCGCGCACAUCGUAAGGAUCAUCGUCGGACUAAUAAUAACAUGACAACAUCAUGGACAGUUACAAAACGAAGUCGUAAUGUUGAUUGA